GUUUUAUCAGACAUGUGAUCGUGUCGAUGGUCCAGUGGCUGUGCAUUUGACGAGUUCGUAAAUAGCAGAAUGAUGUCCACAGUAAUUCCGGCCAUGUAUGUAUGUAGGACAAAAAAAGCGUAUAGUACACAUCAGUGAUCAUGGUCCAGCUUGACCAAUAAGCUGGAAACAUCCGUGGGGAUUUCCGCAGGGGCCGGUUCACUGACCGGCUGACUGGGUUCCGCCUCCUUGAGAGUGUCGCGGUCGUGAUCCUCAGUCCUCCCGUCGCAUUGCUGAUCAUCCCUGCCUGAAUGACUCUUCCGGGCAUACCCCAACGCACACGUGAUGACCUGCUCCAGCUGCGUCGGCGUCAGCCCCGUGCCGGACAUGAUGAUACCCUCCUCCUCUACCGCACUGGCAGGUGUCUCGCUCAUCGACGAAUCGCGGUACCAGUAGUUGUCCUCGGCGACAGGUUUGAAAUCCUGGAUCAGCACCGCAGGGGGGAGACGGAGAACGCUUUCGUCUCCGAUAUAUAGUCUCUUCUCCUGCACGUCAUCCUUCGGGCCCUCGCGGUCACUCUCGUCCUCGUCGUCGUCGUCGCUGCUCUCAUCGAACGCCCCCGCACCAAGUCCAGCCCUGACCGGCGUCGGCUCAACGUACACGAUAGCAUCGCCCAGAGCCCAGUGCUCCUGCACACGGCCAACGAAAACCCGCCGCUGAAGCCGUCUCUCCAGGGGCUUCGCCCGCACGACACUCGAGUCUCCAUUUGCGCCCAAGAAAGUCCGGGCCAGUGGCGCGCCAUUCACACCGUACAUCGUCGCAUAGUACGCCUGCGGUGCCCGGAGCGUGAUCUCGUCCAGGGGCGUAUGCUGCGCCGUCCUCGCCGUCGGUCUUUUGUGCACGUACACAUCGCCGCGCCGUUUGGUGCAGAUAUCGCACCGGCACGUGUCCUGGCAUCGGGGACAGUCGUCCGUCGGCCGUGUCAGCGCAAAAGGGACCGUGCCAGGGUCCUACUUGACUAUCACACAUCUCACACAGAAUGCAUGGGCGCAAUCCGUAAACUUCAUCGUCGCAUUUCCCGUCUUGCGUCGACAGUGGUGACAGAAAUCUUCGUCGGGGUCGUCGCCGGCCGGCCACGGCGGGCCCGUGUAUCGAAAGAAGGGGUCCGCGCUCAGCUCUUGCGCAGGCGAAGUAUCACGAGCAGAGCUGACUGCAACUUUGGGCUUCGGUCGGGGUUUCGGUCCGGGUUUUUGUCCUUGUCGUUUAGUAGAAACUCGUUUCGGCGCGGCAUUUGGAGCGAAAUCAAGCUCGUCAAUGGCGACCAUGUCCGCCAAUACUCGCCGUUUUCUCUUCCGGGGCGACGUCGAGGCAAGUUCUUCCGGCGGACAUGGCAGGUCAUCCCCAAGCAGAACAGCAGGGUCGAUUGUCCCAUUCCACACAUCUUCUCUUCGUGCUGGAAAUCGCGGCAGCUCAUCCAGUUCCAUGAAAGCACGGGCAGCAGAGGUAUGCAUCAAGACCAGCGGCGUGGGAUUCUGCAGCAGACUGGUAGCCUGAGCCUUGGGCGACGACUCCUCAGCAGAGUCCAUGUUCACGAACAUCGACAUGAAGUCUUCCUGCUCGAGGAUCUGGGGACUUGGCUCUCGCUCUCGCUGCUUCCCCAGCGCCUUUUCCGAUAAUGACGAUUGAAAGGACAAACAAUCGUAGCUGGCGGGCCGUUCUUGCUCUUCCAUCGAC